AUGUCUUCUCGCGCUUCUGCCAAAUCACCCACUCCAGGAUCCUCAUCCUCUUCGCGCAACCAGCCUCAGAGCCUCGCACAGGAGCCUGCUAAUACUGAGGACUUCGACAUGCCGGACCUUAAGUACGACUCCGAUGGAGAUAGCUCUUUUACCAAGGAAAGCUACGAUAAGCUCCGACGCAUAAUCCAGAAACAAGAAGCCGAGACAAAAGACAUGCAGAAAAUCGAACUCCAGGGGGAAAUCACCACCCUCCGGGCCGCCGCUAACAUCGUCACCACGCCCGUCUACGGAGGACGACAAAAGCUCAAGCUCAGUGCGCCUGUCACCUACGACGGAACCCCCGGGACCCUUCAAAGGAUUCCUAAUUCAGUAGUACACGCAGCUACCUACCUCCGAGGAAAGGCCCUCAAGUGGUUUAAACUAAUCCAGGAAGAAUACCUUAAAUGCAAGACCCUCGACGAGUGUACUACCGAGACCCGCGACAUCUACGCCAAUUUUAAAGGAUUCGAGGAUACGCUCAGGUCACUCUUCCAAGACCCCGACGAAAAGCGACAAGCCGAACGAGAUCUAGCAUAA